AAAGGAAACCAAGCGGAUUGUUUGCUCUAAGGGCACCUGACUGAUAGAGCAACUUCCACCUGUUGACUGAACUCCUGGUUCCUUUUUCUUGCUGACUAGACACCCUAGAGAAAACUUAAGUGGGGUGGGAGAGUAGUGACUGCCUGCCUCCCUCCCCCCACAGAAGCGCAGUUAGCUUUCUGUCUGCAGUGACCUGUCCUCCCCGUGUGCCUUAUCGGCUCUUGGGGCAUUUGUCUCUAAAAAGAAAACAAACGGUGGAAUGCCCUGCCCUGCAUGCUGAUGAAGUGGCCGAGCCGGCCCACAGCUUAGGAGAAGGUUUGCCAACCCGGAGAAUAAUAAGCUUCAGUUUCUGACCUCCUGGCACCGCUCGGGUGGUUAUCAGGAGGUGCAUAUGACUGGUUAAGACACACGGCCUGGCUGGAAGGAAACAGCUGCUGGCGGCAUGCUCCACACUUGGCCAGCAGCUGGACAGGCAGAGUGCUGGUGUGAGGAAGAGAAAAAUCACCCUAGGUUUCCAGAGCACUUAUAAUUUGAGUUGAAUGAACCAGUUCUUCAGUCUUGAUGCCCUUUCUGGGGAUGACAACUUGACAUCUUUUCAGGCCGGGAACUUUAUCUGUAUGAAAAUAGAUUAUGACAAUGGAGAAUUGAAUGACAGCUAUUUGCCAAGAAUUGUUCUGCUGAUGCACCGAUGGUAUUUAUCUUCCACCGAACUGGCAGAAAAACUCCUCUGCAUGUAUCAGAACGCCAGGGGAGAAUGCUGUGACGAGUUCCGACUGAAGGUCUGCUAUUUCAUGAGGUAUUGGAUUCUGAAAUUCCCUGCCGAGUUUAAUUUGGAUCUUGGUUUGAUUCGUAUGACUGAGGAGUUCCGGGAAGUCGCUAGCCAACUAGGCUAUGAAAAGCACCUCAGCCUCAUGGACAUAUCCAGCGUACCUUCCUACGACUGGAUGAGGCGAGUCACGCAGAGGAAAAAAGUAUCGAAAAAGGGGAAGGCUUGUCUCUUAUUUGACCAUCUGGAGCCCAUUGAGUUGGCUGAGCACCUCACUUUUUUGGAGCAUAAAUCUUUUCGAAGGAUCUCAUUCACCGAUUAUCAGAGCUACGUCAUCCAUGGCUGUUUGGAGAAUAACCCAACUUUGGAGCGAUCUAUUGCUUUAUUUAAUGGAAUCUCUAAGUGGGUCCAGCUGAUGGUUCUCAGCAAACCAAGUCCCCAGCAAAGGGCAGAAGUCAUCACCAAGUUCAUCAAUGUAGCACAGAAACUCCUUCAGCUAAAAAAUUUUAACACCUUGAUGGCAGUGGUUGGCGGCCUUAGUCAUAGCUCCAUUUCCCGACUCAAAGAGACCCAUUCUCACCUCUCUUCAGAGGUUACAAAGAACUGGAACGAAAUGACAGAGUUGGUCUCUUCCAAUGGCAAUUACUGCAAUUACCGCAAGGCCUUCGCCGACUGUGAUGGCUUCAAAAUCCCCAUCCUUGGCGUGCACUUGAAAGACUUGAUAGCCGUCCAUGUCAUCUUCCCGGACUGGAUGGAAGAGAACAAAGUGAAUAUCGUGAAAAUGCACCAGCUCUCCGUUACCCUGAGUGAACUGGUCGCCCUGCAGAAUGCCUCUCACCACUUAGAACCUAACAUGGAUUUGAUCAACCUGCUCACUCUUUCUCUGGACCUCUAUCACACUGAAGAUGAUAUUUACAAACUGUCGCUGGUGCUGGAGCCUAGAAAUUCCAAAUCGCCUACGUCCCCCACAACACCCAACAAGCCUGUGGUGCCCCUGGAGUGGGCUUCAGGGGUGAUACCAAAGCCAGACCCCACCAUCAUCAACAAACACAUAAGGAAGUUGGUGGAGUCUGUGUUUCGAAACUACGAUCAUGAUCACGAUGGCUACAUCUCCCAAGAGGACUUUGAGAGUAUAGCUGCCAAUUUCCCCUUCCUGGAUUCCUUCUGUGUGCUAGACAAAGACCAGGAUGGCCUAAUUAGCAAAGAUGAAAUGAUGGCCUAUUUUCUGCGAGCUAAAUCCCAGCUACACUGCAAAAUGGGACCAGGAUUUAUCCAUAAUUUUCAGGAGAUGAAUUAUCUCAAGCCGACCUUCUGUGAACACUGUGCAGGAUUUCUCUGGGGCAUAAUCAAACAAGGCUACAAAUGCAAAGACUGUGGAGCCAACUGUCACAAACAGUGCAAAGACCUCCUGGUUCUGGCCUGCAGGAGACUUGCCCGGGCACCUUCGCUGGGCAGCAAUCCUGGGUCACUGCCUGGAAGCCCAGCCUUGCCCCCAGUGCAGGAUGAAGUGUUUGAGUUUCCUGGGGUCACUGCUGGACACCGGGACUUGGACAGCAGAGCCAUCACACUGGUCACGGGCUCUUCUCGUAAAAUCUCCGUGAGGCUACAGCGAGCCACCACUAGUCAAGCUACGCAGACAGAACCUGUGUGGUCAGAGGCUGGCUGGGGAGACUCGGGGUCCCACACAUUCCCCAAAAUGAAAUCCAAGUUCCAUGACAAAGCAGCUAAGGACAAAGGCUUUGCCAAGUGGGAAAACGAGAAGCCCGUGGCACAGGCUGGUGUGGAUGUUGUAGACCGAGGCACUGCAUUUGAACCGGAUCAGGAUGAAGGGCAAGAUGAAGCCAAACAGGAUGGUGAGGAUGGCUGAGAUGAAGCUGGGGAUACUAAAGGCAAUCACGUCAGCUUUGGGGAAAAGAAAAGCUGCGGGAAGCGUUUCCAGCUCUGGGAGCGGUCUGGAAAAGAGAUGUGCACAUGUUCACGGCCUCGUGUCAUCCUGGGAUCUCCAUGACUGGACUACAGGACAGAGGAUUUAUCCCGACUCUGAACUAUUUAUUUCCCUCACUCUGCCCCUGCUGAGAUGCCACACACACUGUUAUGUAGUGGGCAGUUUCUCACACCUCUCUAGAGCCGUUUGUACACAGGGAAGGCAAGCUCCAGCGCAUGUGUGUGAUACCAUUCUCUAAAUUCAAAACUUGGCCCUUUGGGAUAAUGUUAUUUUUAUAAAUUGAUGUGUGUGUGUGUGUGUGUCUGUGUGUGUGUGUGUGUGUGUGUGUGUGUGCAUGUGUGUAGGGGUGUUUCAUAAGGCAUUGAGACUGAGCUCCUUUUAUGUGCCUUUUAGAUGGGACUGGGACUUGAAGUUUCGCUGAGGGACAAAGGCGUUCUUCAGACUCUGGAAAGCAGUGAUUCCUCUGAUGCUAAUUAGCUGUGAGCUGUUUUGAGUGUCUUACCACACAGUGACUGUGGUGUGUAAUGCCACAUGUGUGUAUUGCCUAGGUCUCACCAAUCCUGCCUCACUAAGGAGAAUCACAGCCCCCAGGCUCCCCUAGUAGUCAUACUAGCUACAGUGGAAAAAAAAUUAUAUGCCUGGAUACCUAAUUGUGUUCCCAAUCUUUCUGAGGAUUCCCAAAACAGAUUGUUAAUUAUGAAAUCAAAUCAAAUUCCAAGGGAUAAAAUUUAGUAGAAAAGAAAAACCAACCAACAAAAAACAAGCAAACAAAUCACACUGGAUUUCUAGGUGAAAAGGAGAACAACCAAUUUGGAAAGCCAAAAGUAACGAAGAUUUCUGUUUUAGAUAACUUCAGGAUGCAAAAGGUCACUUAAUUUCUUCCUAAUAAAUUCUCAUCCACAGUUAAAAGAAUAUUCACAGAAAGAAAAGUUACCAUAAGCCUCAACUAUGGAUUGAUAUUCCAGUAAUGAUUUUAAAAUAUUAAUAAUUUAGAUGUCUUCCUUUGGGUGUGUAUCUUAUGAUAGUGAUUCUUGAUGCUCAGAGAUGGAGACAAAGCUGGGCUGGGGUUGCACACCUCUGUCUUUCCACUUGGGGCAAGGGUAGGAGGACCCUCAAGUCUGAGGUCAGCCUAGGAAACUUAGCAAGAGUCUGUCUAAGAAAAAUAAAAAUAUAAAUGAAAGAAAAAUUGAGGUGAUUGAGUCUGACACUGAGGGACCAUCUGAUGCCCACUGACCAGUCUUCCACAGAAGUGCCCUGGUCCACAUUUGAGGGCUACUGUGUUGUAUCUAAUGUAAAAACUAACUGGUGGUUCUGCUCUGAUUCUUAGAGACUGAGGGCAUAAGAACGUGAAAGCUAAGUGGUUCUGGUAUCUUUAGGUACCGUGCGGGUGCUGGGAAUUGAGCCCGGGUCCUCUGGAAGAGCGGUCAGUGCUCUUAACUACUGAACUAUCUCUCCAGCCCCGCUUCCAGGGUCUUCAACCUUUGGCAGAGCUGAUGUACUGUGCGCCAAAGGCUCUGGAAUGGGAAAUGAUUCGGACCGGGAAUACUGAAGAGUAAGUCAAGUCAUUAAUAGGAGCUGAGAUUAAGCUAGAAAGAAACUCACUUAACAGUGUCAAGCACCUCAGAGGGCAGUGCUGUUGGGUCUGUGUAUAUACACUAUCUGUUACUAGUCAUAAAUGCAGCUAAAUACGUGUUAGCAAAUUAAAAACAGAAAAUGGUAACUGAGUACAGGAAACCCUUCUGGAGAAAAGAUCAGAAAGAACCCCGUUAAAGAAGGUUGGACUUUUUAUAUUUUUUUUCAGGGGAGUUAUUUCACUUGCCGUUUGGCUUGGAUAUUUAAGAGUUUUCAUAUACAUAAGGAAUUUUGUAUUUCCAGUCUUCCCUUGAUAAGGAAACAAAAUGUA